GUAGCACCCCGAGUGUCAUAGAGAGCCGGGGCGCCCGAGAGCGAGAGACCAUCUCUAUGGUCGCCGGGGAGAUGCGGUCGGUCAGUUAUGUGCAGCGGGUGGCGCUCGAGUUCAGCGGGAGCCUCUUCUCCCACGCCAUCUGCCUGGGAGACGCCGAUAACGAUACGCUGAACGAGUUAGUGGUGGGGGACACCAACGGGAAACUCUGCGUGUACAAGAAUGACGAUAGCAAGCCCUGGACCGUGCGCUUCUGCCAAGGAAUGCUCACCUGCGUUGGUGUUGGGGACGUGUGCAAUAGAGGAAAGAAUCUGGUUGUUGCCGUGAGUGCCGAGGGCUGGUUUCAUCUCUUUGACCUGACUCCUCCACCCUCAAAGCAUCCAGAUGCCUCUGGCCACCACGAACCCCCACUGGCAGAUGAGCAGAAGCUGGUGUUCAAGCAGCACAUUCCCGCCAACACCAAGGUCAUGCUGAUCAACGACAUUGAUGGAGAUGGGAAGUUCGAGCUAGUGGUGGGUUACACGGACCGUGUGGUGCGAGCCUUCCGCUGGGAGGACCUGUCUGAGAGCUCCGACCACAUCUCCGGCCAGCUGGUGCUGCUGAAGAAGUGGCUGCUGGAGGGGCAGGUGGACAGCCUCUCUGUGAACCCAGGCCCUGAUGGUGUCCCUGAGAUGAUGGUGUCCCAGCCAGGCUGUGGCUAUGCUAUCCUGCUCUGCACCUGGAAGCCGGACCAGCAGCCCCUAGCAGAGAGUGGAGACAGCUCAGCAACCAGCAGAGAGGCCCCCGUUCGGGAUGUUAUCCUUCACCAGACGUCUGGCAGGAUUCAUAACAAAAACGUUUCCACUCAUCUAAUUGGCAGCAUUGGCCGAGGUUGCACUAAAGCGGAUGGGGGCUCGGGCCUCUUUGCCCUCUGCACUCUGGACGGAACAUUGAAGCUCAUGGAGGGGGCAGAUAAGCUGCUGUGGUCCGUGCAGGUUGAUCACCAGCUCUUUGCUCUGGAAAAAUUGGAUGUUACUGGCAAUGGGCAUGAAGAGGUGAUUGCCUGCGCCUGGGAUGGCCAGACGUACAUCAUCGACCACAAUCGGACUGUGGCCAGAUUCCAAGUGGACGAGAACGUCAGCGCGUUCUGUGCUGGCCUCUAUGCAUGCAAAGGAGGCCACAACAGCCCCUGCCUGGUUUACGUCAGUUUCAACCAGAAGAUCUACAUCUACUGGGAUGUGCAGCUGGAGAGAAUGGAAUCCACCAACCUGCUGAAGAUACUAGAGACCAACCCAGAAUACAGGGACCUUCUGCAGCAGCUGGGCGUGGAUGGAGAUGAUGUCUCGGCUGUCAAAGAUCUGAUUCACAAGACCCUGUACUUCCCAGAAAAGCAGCCACAGAACAGCCCUUGCCAACAUCGGGGCCCUGCUGGAGCAGACUCCUCCAGUCACCCCACCGUUGCCCAAGACUCGUGUACGUAAUAGCACCUCUGCUCACAGUAGUGACCUUUCUUUAGAUAUUGGCUGCAGUCAGGCAUUCAUGUUGCACCAAGCUCAGUGUGUAUCUGGGAUCAAUGAGAUCCUUCCCUCCUCGUCAGUCUAGGCUUCCAGCGAGCUAGCAGCCGCAGACAAGGCACUGUGUUAGAAUUAGCCUUCAGGUCAGGGGUGAGGUAAGGUGAGCGCUCGGGUGUUGGUUUUAUCAUUGAGGGAUGGCGAGUUCAUUGCCCCUUUUUAGUUGAAGCAAUGAGGGUCCAGUUCCUUCUGUUCUCUGGAGUGCCACCAUUAGUAUUAAACUCUUAGCAGCCAUGUUCUCUGCUGGUCAAAGAAUUGUGUUUGUGAAGGGGAAACAGAGAGCAGCAAACUUCAGUCUAGUCUUGGUACAUUAUUUGUGCGGUACCUGUGGAGCUGAUCCCCUGAGUUCCUAGCAGCAUAGGAAUGGGGGAUUAGCUUGUGGUAGAGAGGGCUUUUUGGUUGUCGGGGUUUUUUAUCACAUGUCCACAUGCAUGAAUCACUAGACAGGCCUGCAGCAUUACCCCCGCUUCAGUUCUGACACUCCCCUUGAUCCUAGGCCUCCUCUCACAGCAGCAGCUUUCUUCCGAGGUGUGAUCUCACACACAGCGGUGACUUGUUUCCCAUGGUACUAAUAACAGGGAGGUGUGUGGCUGAUGCCUGAAGAAAACUAGGCAGCUCCAGCAACAGCGCUGGCGAAAGGAACCCAAACUGCUCUUGGUAGGAAUGCAAUCAGGUGAAAGUUGAACCCUCAUUCUGGUCGCUCACAUAAAGACUGUGGGCCAAACUCAUCCCUGGGAUGACUUUAUACAGAGCAGUCAAGAACUGGACAAUAAAUUGAAUCCAUUCUAAA